UAGACUGCACAGUGGCUGUUCUUACCUGAUACACUGAAGUGCUUAUGUAAACAGACGCGUUUGACACUUAAAACUACUCAGGUUUUGUCUUAAUUUACGAAUGGUGAACGUAUCUGUGGAGCUCCUGAUAAACAGUGAUAGUUUUGGUUGUAAUAAAGGAUCUAAAGACCCGUGUUUCCUCGAAGUUAUCAUGCUGAACACAGAGGAAAGUUCCUGGUUAGCGGAGUCUCUGUUGCCCAGCUCCAUUCCUCAGGCUCCAGGGCCUCUGUGGUGCUCCGAUGCCCCUCACCCACAGCUAAAGAUCCCGGGUGGGCGAGGGACUGUCAGGGAUCACUCUCACGGCGUGCUACUACACAAGGAUGACAAGUUAACAGUGACGCAGGCCGCUCUAGUGAGUGGGAACCCCUCUCUUCUCCGCUUCCACUACCAGCUGAGUGAGCGCCGCUCUGCCUUUUGGGAUACAGCUUUAUCAGAGGACAGCCUCUUCCUGGAGAUACCGGCUGGUCCGCUAGUGGAGGGGAGCAAAGAGGGGCUAACUGCCCUGCUUGAGUUUGCAGAGGAGAAGCUCAAAGUUAACUAUGUGUUCCUGUGGUUCCACAAAAGCAGAGAGGAUCGAUUGUCCAUCAUCAAGACGUUCCACUACAUGGGCUUUGAGAUGGUGAAGCCGGGUAACCCAAUGGUACCAGACCGGCCUGAUCUAGCCUUCAUGGUUUACUCUCUGGAAAACAGCAGCUCAGAUGAAGAGUGACUGCCACCGUCUCCUGACAUCCCCUCUCCCACCCUCUGCUCCACAUGAAAAACACACAUUUUUUUUUCUUCCCUGGAUCAAACCUGCCUUGGCUUUUCCUUCUGACAACAGCCUCCCACCACAGAUAUCACCCAUCGCUGAUGGAGGUGUCAGCCUCUUUUAUAAAGACUCUGGUUUUAAGGAGGCGUUUGAGAACCCUCUUUUCCCUUCCCAACAUGACAGAAGCAUGAAUCGGCAUAGCUUGAACAAAGUUGUCACAGGUCAUAUGUGAGCUGGCCUUUUUUUUUUGUUUGUUUGUUUUUUCUCCCCCCUCGCUUCUUCUUUUGCCCACAUUAUUUGUGUUGCCACAAACGAGACAAACAACUGCAGGACAUUCAAGAGAAGGCAGCGUUUUACAUCAAAAUUCAGCAUAUCCUCAGACAGCUUCUACCUUCUUGUAAAAGACUGAGUGCUGUAAACCAUGUGAGCUCUGUUGUUAAUGGUUAUAAAUGGGGAAAUAAUGGGAUACGGUAUGUUCAAUAAAAUACUAUUUUUCUUCUUGAUAUAGAUGAAUGAAAACUCUGUUACCUUUGACGUUUAAACAUAUGUACACAUUUCUGUAUUUUGUCUUUGCAGCAUGUUGCAGCAUCAUUCCAGCGUCUGUCACUUGCUCUGGGUCAUAAACUUAAUAUUUGCUUUGAAAAAAGGAGGAAAAACAAAAAAAGCUUCACUGUUAAGUUGCAUGAACAUGUAAAAACAUACCAGUCCAACCAGUUUGAGCUUCUCCAGUAUUGCUUUUGAGUCACCAUCCUGAGUUUUUCUGUAAAAACAUCAUGAGAAGUUGUUUAUUAUGGAACACAAAGACAAAGCUAGUAGAUGGAUUGAGGAUACACGAAAAGCAAAAACUCUGUAGAGACAUCCAGAGCACCAGUUAAAAACUUUAUUUAAAUGUGGUUGGGAGGGGAGGGGAGGGGGGGGGGGGGCUUUUGUGCCUAAAGAGGAGAGUGCAAUGUUGUUUUUUUUUUUUUUUUUGUUUUUUUGCUUCUGAGUCUUAUUUAGAGAAUGUUAGUUUUCAUCCUGUGCAGCUUCAGACCCGUGCUAUGUGAGGAAGUUAGUUCACAAGCAGGAAUACUUCAGGAGAUUAUCAUAUAUGCAAGUAGAGUAAAAAUGCAGGAGAAAUCCUGUCUUAGUUUUUUUUUUUUUUUUCCUUUCUUGAAGUUCUCUGAACAAAAACGCCAAAGAAUCCAGUCUGUCUGCCGCUGAUUUUUAAAUCAUCUUACUCACAAAAUCCAGCUAAUCUCAACCUUAUAUGGUAUGUAAAGCAAUAUUAACCCACAUUCCCCACUGCUCUCUAUAUUUACUCACACAGAAACACGCUAGCAUGUCCCAUGAUGGGUUUUUUUUCCUCCUGCAUGUGUUGCUCACACCAGUUUUCACUGCUACUGAUUGAACCCUGACUAUAAGCUGUUAGAAAAUAUCAAUUUAUGAAGUUUUUCAGAUGUCUAUUUUUAUCAAUGAAUAUUUCUCUACUGUUUGUUGUGAUAGCUGUAGGCAUUUAUUGUUUUAGUGAUUAGUUGGUAAACAUUCAUCAAUCCACAACUGUAUACUUUACAGUCUUUUUUUUUUGUUGUUGUUGUUGUUUUUUUGUCUUUUUCGGAGGGUGGUUCAAUAAAUGUUGACUAAAAGGUC